AUGAGNGCAAAAGCUUAUAACGCUUGGUUUAAAUGGCCAACUUUGAAGCUGUGUUCCACGGAUUUGAAGAAGCGUUUGUCUCAUAAGAAGAGGAAGAAAAAGGAUUCUGGGGUUGGGUUGUUUGUGUUUCCUGCUCAGUCUAGGGUUACUGGAUCUAAGUACUCUUAUCAGUGGAUGGCUCUUGCUCAGCAGAACAACUGGCAUGUGUUGCUUGACGCUGGUUCUUUAGGUCCCAAAGAUAUGGAUUCGCUCGGUUUAUCAUUGUUUCGACCAGAGUUUAUCAUCACCUCCUUCUACAAGGUAUUUGGGCAUGAUCCUACAGGUUUUGGUUGCCUGUUGAUUAAGAAGUCGGUGAUGGGUAAUCUUCAGAGUCAGUCCGGUAAAACAGGAUCAGGAAUAGUGAAGAUCACACCUCAGUAUCCGUUAUAUCUCAGUGAUUCGAUAGAUGGUCUGGACGGAUUGGUUGGUCUUGAAGAUCAUGAGCUUGGUACAUAUGGCGGAGAUAAACCGGCGGCAACCACAGUAGCUGCUCGUAGAGGUGCUCAGAUGCCGGUAUUCUCUGGUGCAUACACUGCAGCUCAAGUGAGGGAUGUGUUUGAGACAGAGCUUUUAGAAGAUAAUACCUCUGAUAGAGAUGGGACUAGUAGUACCAUAUUUGAAGAAAAUGAAAGUGUUUCGGUUGGAGAGUUGAUGAAAAGCCCUGCUUUCAGUGAAGAUGAGUCGUCUGAUAAUUCGUUUUGGAUUGAUUUGGGUCAAAGUCCGCUUGGGUCUGACCGUGCAGGUCACUUGAACCACCAUAAAAUCGCCUCUCCAUUGCCACCGUUUUGGUUUACCAGCAAACGUCAAUCACCAAAACCGGUAGCAAAGAGUUACAGUAGUCCUAUGUAUGAUGGUAAAGAUGUCCUCUCGUUUGAUGCUGCAGUUAUGUCAGUUACUCAGGAGACAAACUCAACGCCAUCACGGAAUCUGAGGAACUCUAAUAGUAAUCUCCAAAUGCAAGAGAUACAGGAAGAAAACUGCGGUAACAUUGUCUAUCGCGCAGGAUCUGGUUUUGGAUCAAAUGGCUCAAGCUCCAAGAUUUCUUCAGAGAUGAAAGAUAAUGCAAUUAGACGAGAAACAGAAGGUGAGUUUAGGUUAUUGGGGAGAAGGGGUACUGGUGGGAGGCUUUUGGGUGUGGAAGAUGAACAACCGAGUAGAGGAACACGGGUUUCAUUUAACAUGGACCGUAUCAGUCAUAGUCUGGACCAAGGUGAAGCUUCUUUGGCCAGUGUGUAUGACGAAAGUGAUGGUGAAAACCAAAAUGAGGAUGAUUGGGACAGAAGAGAGCCAGAGAUUGUUUGCAGCCAUAUUGAUCAUGUGAAUAUGUUAGGUCUUAAUAAAACGACAACUAGGCUCAGAUUUCUGAUUAACUGGCUUGUGAUCUCUUUGCUACAGCUGAAAGUGCCUGAAUCAGGCAGUGAUGGUAGCAGCAGAUACAUGAACCUUGUGCAGAUUUAUGGCCCAAAGAUAAAGUACGAAAGAGGAGCAGCGGUUGCUUUCAACGUGAAAGAUAAAAGCAAAGGGUUUGUAAGUCCAGAAGUUGUUCUGAAACUGGCUGAGAGAGAAGGUGUAUCUCUUGGUAUUGGUAUCUUGAGUCACAUACGCAUAAUGGAUCUUCCGAGAAACCACCGUGGGGGCGCUAGGAUCAAGGAAGAUAGCUCUUUGCAUCUUCAGAGAGAAGCUGGUAAGCGCGGUGGAAAAAAUGGGUUUGUGCGAUUUGAGGUUGUCACAGCUUCUCUUAGCUUUUUGACAAACUUUGAGGAUGUUUAUAAGCUAUGGGCUUUUGUUGCCAAGUUCCUAAACCCGGGUUUCAGCAGAGAAGGAUCGCUCCCAACUGUAAUUGAAGAAGAAGCAGAAGAUUCAGAGACGUGAUUGGUUCUUUGAAAAACUUUUUGAACACGACUCGAAAGGGGCUUGAACCAGCAGCGUAAAGAAUUCGCCUUUUUUUGUUUUUGAUAUAACGCCUGAGCCAUUAACAUAUCCUAGAGCUCGGCCGCGCUUCUGGAAAUGGAAGGAGGGUAAAAAGUAAAACUGUGAAUUAGGAAUAUGAGAUAGUUUUUCCGUUUUGCUCUGUUUCAGUUUUUAGGAAUAUGAGAUAGGAGGACAAUCCUUGUAAACUGGAAAGCAGAACAUGGUUUGGCCAACGAUUCCACUUUUGGAGAAGGGAGCACAGUUAAGCGUUUGCUCUCACACUAAAUCUCGUUAAGUACUCAUACAUAUUCGUAAAUUGAAUUUGUUUAAAACAUUGAACCUGUUUUGUAAAAAACAUUAAUCUAACCGGAUUUAAAACUCUUUUGGUCA